AUGGCCUCCCCCUUCCACGCCUACGCCGUAACAAGCGUAACCAAAGCCCUCACCUCGCUCAAAACCAUCCUCCAAAAAGCCGAGUCCCACGCAAAUGAAAAGAACAUCCCCCUCGACACCCUCUUCAACGCCCGCAUCUACGAAGACAUGAAACCGCUCUCCUUCCAGAUCUUCGCGGCAACCUCCAACGCCGAAAAGCUCGUCUACCGCGCGAGCCACAUUGAGCCUCCGGCGCGCGAGCAAACCGACAAGACGUACGAGGACCUGUACAAGCGCAUCGACGCCGCGCUCGCGGAGAUUACGAACGCGGACGAUGCGCUUAUUGCCGCGAAUGCGGACAAGACGUUCAAGGCGCCGCUAGGGCCCCAGGUGGUGGAGUUUACCCCUGAGAAGUAUGCGGUGACUUUUACGCUGCCGAAUGUGUACUUUCACGUUGUGACGGCGUAUGAUAUUCUGCGGAAGGAGGGCGUGCCCUUGGGCAAGCUGGAUUAUUUGAAGGACUUUUUGGAGUUGUAA